GUGCAAGGUGAGAUGAGUCAGAGUUCAGCAGAAAUCAAGUUGUUCCUUCUGUUUGCUCUCUAGUUUAGUUAUUUGUUUAUAAAUAAUAUCGUGUGACUUUCAGUAAUUAAUUUGUAACUCCUUCGAAAAUGGCUAACAUUCAAGGGUUCGGCGAAAUCAUUGGCAAUCUUUCUCGCUCCGUGAUAAACACUGCAUUCAAUGCAGCAGCAAAUUCGGCCAGCAGGGCGAUGGAUGGUUUCACGGUCCAGGAAAUUACUGGAGCUGGAAACAUUGAUGACGUCACUCAUUAUCCCGUGUUGAACAGAACCAUGCCUCUUCUUCUCUACGGUCCGGUCCCACCUGGCAGAUUCCUCGGCACUCGGCCUGCUUAUCAUGUCAUUCUUCAUGCCACAAACUCGUCCAGAAUGUUUAGUAUGCUCAGAUCUGACAACCGAAAGGAGGCUGAAGAUACGUUUGUCUUGUACAAAGAAUCAUUUCCCCUCUUGGUGGAGUGUGAUCCCAUGAUUUGCGAUACGAACAAACUGGACGCGAUGGCCAGAAAAUUACGAGAAAAUCCAGGCUGGACUGCUCCGCAUCUGGCAUCCUCGUCCGGGUUACUUAACUGCUUGAAGCAUGAGAAAAUGAAGGUCAAGCUAAAUGAACAAGAGGGGACGAUGCUCCGAACCCCAUUGCAGAUUGCUAUUGAUCAAGGGAACAUUGGAGUCAUAUCGACUUUAUUGGAGCUUGGGGUGGACGUGACAAUUGCUGACAUCAAAGGGAAUUCCGUUUUUCAUGUGGCUGCUACCAAGUCGCUUCCAGCUUUUCAAUUACUUUUGGAUAAAUUGCCAAUACGUCAUCAUGAACUUUUAAACCACAUUAAUGCAGAGGGUUUUACCCCUUUGCAUUCUGCCUGUAAAAAUAAUAACGCAGAAAUAGUCAAGACGUUGUUGGCUGCUGGUGCAAACUCUAAUGUGUCAUCCCAAUUGCAAGGAUUUCCUAUUCAUGUUGCUGUUAAAGCUCAAUCUGUUUUAUGUCUGCAGGAAUUAGUUGCGCAUAAUCCCAGUCAGCUUCAAAUGAAGGAUUUGCAAGAGGGAGGGUCUCCACUGCAUUGGGCUGCUGGUCCAGAGACGUUGAUUCCACUCCUAGAUCUAGGCUGUGAUCCUAACACGACUGACGCCAACGGUUUGACGCCACUUCAUAAUGCGGUACGUCGUGGUUGCUUGAAGAGUACGAUAUAUCUAUUAUGUCACGGAGCAUUCCCAGAUAUGAAAGGUGGUGAGGAUGACGAUACGCCGCUCCAUGUUGCUUCUCGAUUAUGUUCAAAGACUUUGAUGCAGGCCUUGAUAGUGUUCGGAUGCGAUGUCAAUCUUUUAAAUAAAAGGGGUGACAAUUCGCGACAUUUAGUUUGUACAUCACAAAGGUCGGACAAGGACCAGGUGCUUUACAUUUUAUCUGCUAUCGGUGCCAUGCGGUGCUCCCCAUCUAAAGCUAGCAGUUGUGUUGAUGGUUGUAAAUUCUCGGGUUCCUUCGAGGGUUCUCAACCACCAAAUUUUCCAACCCAUGGGGCAGUGAAUUUGAUGCAUGAGGCGUUGUCUGCCCUUGGAAAUAUUCAAGCUGGAGGAAGUGGACAUCACAACAAUAACAACAAGACUGACUCUGCUGCAACCUCAUCAUUUGCAGACUCCUUAGACCCGAUCAAUUUGGGCGGAAGAUUACUGUGUUUAGAUGGGGGUGGGAUCCGAGGAAUGGUUCUAACACAGAUGCUAGCAGUGAUUCAAAAGGAACUGGAUUUACCAGUGAUUGAAAUGUUUGAUUGGAUAGCUGGGACAAGCACUGGGGGGAUAUUGGCAUUGGCUCUUUCAGUCGGCAAAACUCCAUUGGAAACCCAGUGCAUAUACAUGAGACUUAAAGAUAAAGUGUUUGUCGGCGAACGACCGUAUAGUGCCACCGUGAUGGAGGAAUUCCUUAAACAAGAAUUUGGUUGUGAAACUACGAUGGGAAGCAUUCAUCGUCCAAAAGUUAUGAUAAUGACCGCUCUUGUUGACCGAAGACCUGUUGAUCUACACAUCUUUCGUAAUUACAUCUCCCCUAGUGUACUGAUGGGAGAGACUGAGGUAUGUGAAGUAGAUCAUAGUUCUCAGUGCGUUUGGGAAGCUGCAAAAGUUACCGGUGCUGCACCGUCAUAUUUUCGUCUGGAUAAUGACAAGUUUAUUGACGGAGGACUGAUAUCCAAUAAUCCAACUUUGGACGCAAUGACAGAAAUGCAACGGUUUAAAACAGCCAUGAAAAAGUUGGGUUAUUUCCGUAAUGGAGAGAAGUUCCCAACAACUGUUGUUUCUCUUGGGACAGGAAUACCUCCAAAGACAUCAUCAACAGCAUCAGCAAUUGAUAUAACUUGGCCAUCUGGGAUUUUUGAUACAAUUACCAAAGUUCCACGUCUAGCUUCUCUCGUCAACCUUCUUAUUGAUCAGGCCACACAAUCUGAGGGACAGGUGGUUGAACGUGCCAGAGCCUGGUGCUCUUCCAUUGACGUCCCUUUCUUCAGAUUUUCACCUCAGAUGACUGUGGAUGUUGGCCUUGACGAGAAAAAUGAUGUUACCCUAAUUAAUUUGUUGUGGGAAACUCGAUGUUUCAUGAUGUCAAACAAAGACACGAUUCUUAAAAUGAAACACAUUUUAGUACAGCAACAACAAUCUCGAGUUCCUACUAGAUAAAUAGCUUUCAAUCAUUUUGUCAUUCCUCCAAUUGUGUGAUAUCUUUUAAAUUUUAAAAAUUGUGUGUAUGUAUGCAACUUUUGAAUAUUGUGAAUAGAAAGUUUUAAUAUAAAUAUUUAGUUUAUUUAAACAAA